AUGGGAAGCGGCCGCUGCAGCCAAAAAGCAGUCGGGUGUUGCUCUUACGCCGGAGAAACUGUUCAGACACAGCCCGAUCCUUCUACAUGCCCCCUCAAGCUCAAGCCGGUGAUGGAGAAAAGCGGAGUUAGUGACUUGAUAUUGACAAUGGAAUCCUACCGUAAUAAUGAGUCGGAAAAGUAG